AUGGCGUCUCACCCUGUCGCUCAGUACACUUCGCCGUCAGCAUGGGCAAUGGUCGAGGACAAGUUCUCGCCAUACGCGAAGGAGACCCUCGCAAAGCUCAUCACCUUCGUCCACGAGGAGGUUCUGCCGGCCGCGAAGCUUGCGCAUGCUCAGCUGCCGCCCGACCCAGAAGCGAGAUGGAAGACCGUGAUCCCUGUCACAGCAGAACUCAAGGUGAAGGCUCGCAAGUUGGGCCUGUGGAACCUCUUCCUGAGCAAGGCCCACUACCCUGAAUAUGGAACGCCCCUCACAAAUCUCGAGUAUGCCCUGAUGGCUGAGAUUCUGGGGCGAGGUGGCCAGAUGGCAUCCGAAGCUGUGAACUGCUCUGCACCAGACACGGGGAAUAUGGAGGUCCUCGCUAGAUAUGGGUCCCCAGAACAGCAGAAGAAGUGGCUUGUCCCUCUCUUGAAUGGCGAAACUCGCUCGGCCUUCUCCAUGACUGAGAGGUUCAUUGCUUCCUCAGACGCAACUAACAUUCGAACAAGCAUACGACAAGAGGGCGACGAAAUUGUCAUAAACGGACACAAAUGGUACAUCAGCGGCGCAGGUGACCCACGCUGCGCGCUGCAUCUCGUUCUAGGAAAGAGCGACCCUGACAAUUCCGAUCGUUAUCGACAACAGAGCAUUGUCAUCGUGCCUGCAAAUGCACCUGGAGUGAAGGUCAUCCGGCCAAUGCAAGUCUUCGGGUACGAUGAUGCGCCAGAGGGGCAUUGCGAGAUCAUCUACGAGAAUGUGCGCGUUCCCCUGAGCAAUCUCGUUCUCGGCUGGGGCAAGGGCUUCGAGAUAAUCCAAGGUCGCUUGGGACCCGGACGCAUUCACCACUGCAUGCGAUCCAUCGGGGCAGCUCAGUAUGCGCUGGACUUGAUGAUCCAACGUGUGACAGAUCCUGCCAAGAAGACAUUUGGCAAGUACUUGUACGAACACGGAACCGUCGUAUCCGAGAUUGCCCACUCUCGUGCAGAAAUCGAGUCGGCGAGGCUGCUUGUUCUGAGUGCAGCCCUACAGAUCGACAAGGCUAAGGCCAAGGGGGCCCUCAAGGAGAUCGGUAUCGCCAAGUUCGUCGUGCCUUCGAUGGCAUUGCGAGUCGUAGACCGCGCUAUGCAGGCAUAUGGAGCGGAAGGUCUCAGUCAGGACACGCCGCUCGCAGGAAUGUAUGCCAACCUGCGAACUCUGCGGAUAGCCGAUGGACCUGAUGCUGUGCACAUCCAGCAGAUUGGGCAACGGGAAUUGAAGCGUGCGCCCGAGAUCUCGAAGAGAAACGCCGACAUCAAGAAGAGAGAGAAAUUGCUGCUGGAAAAGCACGGCGUGAAAGCCUCGCUUUAG